GCAUGUCCAACAGAUUUAAUUUUUUUUUUUUUUUUUUUUUAUAUAACAGUUUUAGCCAAAGCUGUUCUAGGACUCAGCGGAAGCUGACCUUCACAGGAGAACCAACUUACUAAUAGCCAAUCACUAAGUAGCAGGGAAGGCAAAGCCUUGGUGUUUGUGUCAUGGCCUGAGGGGGUGGGAAGUAGGGUGGCACAAGCAUCAGUAUCAAUAUUAAAUCGGGAAACUCAGCCUGGCCAGCCAUGCCCUCCUUGCUGCCCUGGCUCGAGGCAGAAGACGGAGUCAAUGGUUAAGCCUGGGGGGAUCUGCUCUGCUGCAGGUUACUGGAAAGCAGCUUGCAGCAUCACAGACAUUCACAGGAUGCCUUAUUUUUCAAGACUCAUUUUGUUCUUGUUUUGCCUGAUGGUUCUUGUGGAGACCAGAAAGCCCAAGAAGAGGAGAUGGACAGGGCAGCUGGAAACGUCCAAGCCAAGUCACCUAUAUAAGAAGAACCUUGAUGUGACCAAAAUCCGAAAGGGAAAACCUCAGCCACUUCUCAGAGUGGAUGACCAUGAUUUCACCAUGAGGCCCGCCUUUGGAGGCCCUGCCAUCCCGGUGGGCGUGGACGUGCAGGUGGAGAGCCUGGACAGCAUCUCGGAGGUGGACAUGGACUUCACCAUGACCCUCUACCUGCGGCAUUACUGGAAGGAUGAGCGGCUGGUCUUCCCCAGCACCAGCAACAAGAGCAUGACCUUUGACGGCCGGCUGGUGAAGAAGAUCUGGGUCCCCGACGUCUUCUUUGUUCACUCCAAAAGGUCAUUCAUCCACGACACCACCACGGACAACAUCAUGCUGAGGGUGUUCCCAGAUGGGCAGGUGCUGUACAGCCUGAGGAUUACAGUCACUGCCAUGUGCAACAUGGAUUUCAGCCACUUUCCCCUGGACUCCCAGACCUGUUCUUUGGAGCUGGAAAGCUAUGCGUAUACAGAUGAAGAUCUGAUGCUGUACUGGAAGAAUGGGGACGAAUCCCUGAAAACAGAUGAGAAGAUCUCCCUGUCUCAGUUUCUGAUUCAGAAAUUCCACACCACUUCCAGACUGGCCUUCUAUAGCAGCACUGGCUGGUACAACCGUCUCUACAUUAACUUCACGUUGCGUCGCCACAUCUUCUUCUUCUUGCUGCAAACCUACUUUCCCGCCACCCUGAUGGUCAUGCUGUCCUGGGUGUCCUUCUGGAUCGACCGCAGAGCUGUGCCCGCCAGAGUUUCACUGGGGAUCACCACGGUGCUGACCAUGUCCACCAUCAUCACGGGUGUGAACGCCUCCAUGCCCCGCGUGUCCUACAUCAAGGCCGUGGACAUCUACCUCUGGGUCAGCUUCGUGUUCGUGUUCCUCUCGGUGCUGGAGUACGCGGCUGUCAACUACCUGACCACCGUGCAGGAGAGGAAACAGCGGAAGCUGCAGGAGAAGUUCCCAUGCGUGUGUGGAAUGCUCCACUCAAGAACCAUGAUGCUGGGUGGAAGCUACAGUGAGUCUGAGGCCAACAGCCUGGCCGGGUACCCGAGAAGCCAUAUUCUGACAGAAGAAGAAAGGCAAGACAAAAUAGUGGUCCACCUGGCCCUGAGCAGUGAAUCCAACUCCUCCAGGAAGAAGGGGCUUCUGAAGGGCCAGGUGGGUCUUCGCAUCUUCCAGAACACCCACGCCAUCGACAAAUACUCCCGGUUGAUAUUCCCAGCUUCCUACAUAUUUUUCAACUUAAUUUACUGGUCAGUGUUAGCCUAGGAGCUCUGAGGCUAUGCCUGGGGAAGGGCACGGACAUCUCUGGUGUCUGGCCGGCCGCCCACACGUGGACCUGCUGAGUGUGACCCCUCACAGACAGAGCAGCAGACCCUGGACCACCUCAAGCAGCAUCCUGGCUCCCGGAGGAGCCCAGGGGCUCUCCAGCUGCCCUCCCCCAGGCCUCGUGGGCUUGCUCAUCGUUCAUGCUGUGUUGUGUCCCACUUCUUGCCACUCUGGGACUGUCUUCUUCUGUUCUUGUGUGUGAACAGGUUCAUGAGAGCCUCCCUCCAAUAAAAAAAAGACUCAAAUGCCUCCCAGAUGAAUGUUCUGAGACCCUUAGGAAGCCUAGGAUUCAGUUAUAAAGGGAAGGGAAAAAUGAAGGGCAAGCUUAGGGGCAUUCUGGAUAGGAGACAGGAAAUUAAGAUUCAAAAUAGGAAUAAAAAAAUCUGUAAACCCCACACUGGAUUAAGUGCCUAUCUAGGAAAGAAAAAGAAAACUCAGAUCCCAGAUGAAAUGAUUUGACCUGGGUGAGUCUGGCAACUCGCAUGAUUUUGCAAUAUUAAGGGACAUCGUUCAUUCAUACAUCCAUUCAACCAUUCAUUAAAUAUUGAAUACCUGCCCUGUGCCAGUGCUUAUUUUUCUCAGCAAUGUGUGACGACAUGCACUGAGUAUUUAUUGCCAACCAGGGGAACAUCACCCAAACCCAUCAAAGUGUAGAGUUUUUACUGGGGGCUGGCCAUCUGAAUAUAGCUGACUGCCUGUAUGGCUGACCUCAGUCUCCAGUUCCUUCAGAGGCUGAGCUGGUAAGUCUCAGCCUGAGACCCCAUCAUAAACCACCUUGUUGGCUUAGACCGUCUGGCAUGGCCGUAGGCCCCCAGGUGAUCAAAGACCCUCCAAUCAGGCAGGACAGUCCAGGGGUUUAGAAGUUACCUCCCAGGAGCUAGAGGCCAAGGCCCAAACCUUUCUUUUGUCAAGGUUCAUCCUUUACUGCAGAGCAAUCAUUGUCAAUUCCUCAUUGUUAAUGUGAAUUACUCUGCUUCUAGUAUAGAUUCAUGCAGCAAACAUUAAAAAAUCCCUGCACUAGAUAUAGUAGGGUCCACCUUAAGAGUAAGAGAUCAUCUUAUUCUUGUAUAGCUCUCAGAAAAAGGACUGGUCAAGGAUAUCGUAUACGAUUACGUGUAAGUUAAAAAAGUAUUAAGCACAACAAAAAUGGUUCAUCAUGUAAUGGGAAUUCUAAGGAAGGAAAGAAUGAUUUCCAGUGGAAGACUGGAUCUCGUGGAGAAAACAGCUUCUGAGCUGCUCCUUGAAGGGUGGGGAUUUGGAGAAGAAAUGUUCAUGCUAGGAGCACACGUAGAAAGUACAUGCUAGAUAUGUGCGGUCCGAUGUGGUAGCCACUGGCUAUAUAUUUAUUUAAAUUUAAGUUAAUUAAAGUUAAAUAAAAUUAAAAACUCAGUUCUUGCCACGUCGUGCUAGCCACAUUUCAAGUGCUCUACUCAACAGCCACAUGUGGCCAGUGACUACUGUAUUCAAUAGUGCAGAUCUCGAGAACAUUUCCACAGUCACAGAAAGUCCUGUUACACAGUGCUACUGCAGAUGGAAGGAUUGGCCUGAGCAAAGGCAUGAGAGAGGCAGGAAAGUUUGGGAUUGCAGAGUAUAGUUUGCGGGGCAAGUCAUCUGUUUUGGCUGGAUCCUAGGUUGUAGGAAGAGGUGAGAGACCAGCUUUUUCUGCAACUCUAGGGGUCACAGCAGGUCCCCCAUCCCUCCCAGUGUUCAUCAGGACAGCUUCCCCUCCGUGGAGUUGCCUGGCCCAAGACCAGCGGCUCUCCCAGCUUCAGGGACAAAUGAAGAAUGAAGGUACAUAAACAAGGAAAUUGGAUAGUACAGGGCACCUGGACAUGUUUAGAAACUUGUACUCUCUAGAGACUCUCCUAGGCCACAGUGCUACUCAAAGAAUGAUAAUUAUUGAUACAUUGUCAUUAAAUAUAUCCUAUUGCUUUGUUUGUCUUAUGUAAUUCCAAUACUGCUCUGCUGCUGACUACGUUGUCUUCAUAAAUUCAUAAAUUGAGGCUCAUAUAACAUGGUGGCCUGAUCACACUUAAAAAAAAAUAAAGAUGUAUUUUAACUAGCUUAUACAGUGAAACUGGAGUUCGUUCUGUAGCAAACAUGUAGAAUUGUAAAUAGCAUUUUAUCAUGUGGGACCAUGAACCAAUGACACCAUCAGAUUUAGCACAGCUUUACUGCAGUGUGAUAAUCUGACCCUACUUGAGAAAAGUAGAAAAUUAAAUGAGGUAAAAAGGACACAACAGUAGGAGUAGAGAACAGGAACUAAGGAAAUUUUGAGAACUGAACGAUUGACCUUAAAGACAGGAAGAUAGAAGAGUAAACAUAAUUGUUAUCAGGGAUGCUUGAAUGAUACUUUAUUUCACUGAAUCUAAGACACUAUCGA